AUGGAUCCAUGCACCCCAGUUCACCCAUCCAACUCUAUCCCUGAUAACGAGUUUCGGCAGCGAUUCCUUGAUCACAUUACACCCACACCCGACCCAUCUCCAUUUAUAUCCACUUUUCAGUCGGCCCUGGCACCGGUACAUAGGGCAUUGCGGGGACAGGAAGGCGCUACUGUGUCAAUUAUCGACCCAACCAAGUUGAAGCCGGAUUCGAAGAUCUUCUCCGCUAAGGAAUUCGUCAAGAAGAACUUUGUGAGGAUUCCAGGAUCAAGAUAUGAUGGACGGGGCGAAUACCUUAUAUGGGGCUCUAUCCAAAACGAUGCAAUCAUUUGCUCGUUUAACAUCACUACGCUUUGCGAAAUAGCUGCAAACGACCCAGAUAUCAAGCGGUUUUUGCAGCUAGAGAGUAUUGCUGCAUCUGAAAAUGCUGGUAUACGCCUGCACCGGGAAAUGAAAAAAAGGGCUAUGGACUUGAGCCAGAGGACAGGGGCGGCGGUUGGCAGGCUGUUAUCCUCGUUAGGCGUGCCGUGCGAGUACUACAAGGCCGUCAGUGAGGGCCUCGCAUACUCUUGGCGUUUGAAAUCGAGGCGCAAACCCUGGGGCAAGUUCAACGAAGGGGUUGAUUUUGGGUUUCGAGGCGAGUAUACUCUGCCGUCUCCUUCGCCAUCUCCUGUUACCAACUCCGAGGACCCUCUUAUCUCAUUUGAGAUCAUAUCUGAUUCACCCAGUGAUGACGAUGAGGUCGACGCAUUCACCGACGAUGAAGAUAAUGACGUUCCCAAUUAG